CAAAGUGCGAGAAGCUGGGCAUUUAAAAAUGGCGAGGCUCUCGGUAUUGUUUUGGUAUUAUCAGUGCGGCGAGAUUAAAAAGCGUCAUUGGGUGCGUAUACGUCCGAUGAUAUAAGCACCGUCGUCUCGCCGCUCUUAUUAGAGAGAGAAAACCAUGGUCACCCCCGUUGUCGUUUGCGUCACGUCGCUGGCCGUCGUGAGCCUGGGAAUUAUCAUGGACUGGACCUGCAUCCAGUGUUGUAGCCUCUACAUCGUUUUGACUUGCUCCUGCCUGCUCGUCGGCCCGUUAAUCAUGAUACUGAUCAACAUAGCCCUGUCGCCCAAGCACCAGACCGGCUCCGGCACUGUCAGAACCGUCGCGGAAGUGGACGCCUUCCAUAACAUGUUGAUGAAGGGAUACGAGCCCAAGUCGGCCAGCGCCAGGAAGCACACGCGCUAUCCUGUCGUCUUCACCCGUCUGGUGGACGGCGCCCUGCAGAAUCUCCUGGAUUUGAUCUUCCGGGACUUUGUCGGCUUCUGGCUGAACGACCUGGCCUUCGGCUCGGAGCAGCUGAUAGACAGCAUGAAGCAGGACGUGUGGGGCGCGAUACAGAGCCUGCACGAUCGCCUGUCGCGUGUCGACCACACCAAAUUGGUGGUCUGCAAUAUAGUGAACAAGCUCACCUUUCACUUCGAGAAGAUCAGGAUAGCUCAGGCGGCCUCGUCGGAGGGGGAGGACCCUGUGUUCAUUUUGUCGGCGCAUCUGAUGUCGCCCGUCGCCGAGUUGGAAUACUUGAGGAAGAUCAGCGAACUUUACAUCCUAUUUUUAUUACCACGCAGUUACUCGCUUUCUCCAGUAAAGUACCUUUUAAGAGAGGUUCUCACGUGCAAGAUCCUAAAACCGGCAAUAGAUUUAAUCACGGAUCCCGAUUAUAUCAACCAGAAGAUCCUGACGUACAUCGACCAGCAGCAGCUCGCCGAGGCGAUGCACAGGAAAACGUACGAAUACGCGGAGUCGUUCGAGGACUUUAUCCGCAUGGUCAAGAGCACCAGGGAUCUGGAGGUUCUCAAACAUAUCAGAUACAAUAUCGUUACCGAGAUCAUGCAAGCCACCACGGUGCAAAACGUGAAGCGAGCACAAGGUUUGGAUCCCGAGAAUAACGCGCUCGGCAACUCCGACGCCAUUCGAGCGAGAAAAUUAAAGAGGUACAUCAGCCAGCUGACGUACGCCAAGAACACGUGCGAGUGCCACAUGCAGACGUUGGGAUGGGAUGGAUAUCCUCGUCAGGAUACGGAGAUCUGCGACGCUGCGGAGAUCGCGGAAGGCAGGAUACUUCCGCUGCAAGCGAUCCUGGAUAACGUAAUCGGCCGGCGGUAUUUGUCCCAGUUUCUGGAACAGGUCGCCAGUCAAGGACUGAUCGGUUACUGGGCGGCGGUGCAGGAAUUACGCGCCGCCGAACGGUCCAACUGGCAUCAAUUGGGAGCCGAGAUCUUUUACACCUACAUCCGUUCACCCACCGCCGAGAUCAAGGUGGAUAAGAACGUACGAAAGCGGAUGGAGGCCUUUUUGUUGGGCGACACGGGACCAAGUGUGUUUUACGAGGUCCAAGACGGCGUUGUCAAGACGCUGCAGGAAAAGUAUUAUCCGUCGUUUCUCGUUAGCGAGCAGUAUAAAACCAUGCAGGAGGCACUACUUAAUGAGAGAGCAGAAGGUUUGGUUGAGGACCGCGAGAUCGUCGACGGCACACUGUCAGAGUCGUCGACUUUGCUCGUUGGCGAACGAUCGAAUUACGCUCGUAGCAAGCUGGAUCAGCUGCACGAAAAAUUAAACAACAAAAUGCAAGCUCUGCAGGCGCUCAAAUCCUCGCUCAAGCCCGAGAGCAAGGUACUUAGCAUACUGGCGAAAGAGGUAGAAUGGCUGCAAGGUGAAAAGCGACAGUUGGAGGCGCAUUUAAAUCACACGGAAAUGUGGGCCGAACAUCUGGGUCGUUGGCGAGCCGACGUGCAGAGUGCGGAGAUGCCCGAUAACGGGGAUCCUCCGCAAUUCGUACUGGUCGUCCAUAUGGCAGAGGAUGAAGACAAUGACGAGAGCAUCUCCAGCGGAUGGGUGGUGCUGAGGAAACUGCAGGACUUCCAAGAUCUCCAUAGGAAAUUACGGCAAUUGUGCUCUAACGUUAAGAGCCUGGACUUACCCUCGCAGCCGUUGAAAUUCUUCGGGAAAUCCGACAAGAGCACCCUCGACAAAGCCAAGAUGCAGAUACAAAAAUAUUUGAAUUUUAUCUUGGAGGACGAGAGACUUAAUCAAAGCGAGGCGUUGUACACCUUUCUCAGCCCAAGCUCGGAGCAUCUUAAAGCCGUGGUGGCACCGUCUCCCAAGAAAUCUCGCUUCUCCUUGUCCACGUUAUUCAAAACAUCCGUCGGUAGCACCGAGCCACGCGACAAGGAAGACGAAGAGGAUUAUUCGUUGCUGCUGGACGACAGCGAGACGGGCCGUACCGGCACGGACAACUAUCUGAACGCCAGCAAAGACGCGAUCGCGGAGCCGUUGUACACGCUCCUCGGGGAAGUUUUCGAUCUAAGAGGCGUAUUUCGUUGGCUCAGACGGUCUCUGAUCACCUUCGUACAGAUUACUUACGGGCGUACCAUAAACAGACAAAUCAGAGAUACCGUUGCGUGGGUGUUCUCCGAGCCGAUGCUCCAUUAUUACAUACAGCUGUUCACGAGAUCGUGGUGGCCGAACGGGCAGCUCGUGUCCGAGACCGUUCUUCGCACCGACGAGGAGAAGUUGAAGACGCGCGGCGAGGCGCGCAGGCAAUUUCUCAACAAUGUACCUGAAGUAUUGACGAAUCUAGUGGGGGCGCAGAGCGCUCAGCGUGGCGCGAUUAAGGUUUUCGAUUCCCUGCAAAACGUGAAUCUGAACAAGCAGCUGUUUUACGAUAUAUUUGAAGUAUUGAUGUACGAAGUAUUUCCAGAACUGCAGCGUAAGAAACAGCAUAAACAAUGUUCCUUAACGAAAUAAAGUGAUCAAUGUGAUAUACAAUGAA